AUGGUCAGUAGCAGUCUCUCCAUUAGCAGCAUCAAAGUGGCUUUAGCCAUGGCUGGGGGUAUCAUCAUCAACCUCACUGCAGUGUACUUCUUGGAGUACUGGAUCCUCACUGGCUUUCUCGAUAGAGCCUCCGUCGGCCUCCCUGCUGAUGCUUCCUCUUUCGCUCGGUCAACUGUACGCUUCUGCAACAUCUCGUACAACACGGGUGUUCUCAUAUCGCGAGCGUCGGUGACGUGGGUCCAGAUUAAACGAGUUUGGAUACCAACUCUUCUCCAACUCGUCCUAGUGAUUUUCUGGGCUCUAGAAGCCAGUCUUCAUUUCAUCCGAAAUGGCGUUGCUGCCUACUCUACGAUGGCGUGGAUAUACAUCUGCAUUAUGCUGAUAGUAGGCCUCAUGGGAGGCGCUUCUUACUCCAACUGCAUGUUCUUAUUCCAGCGUCGUCAGGAUAUUCCCGAUACCCACCGUGAGCUCUGUGUGAACCUCGGGUUCGCGGCUUCGAACAUUGGCAUCCUUCUGGCCACUUUGGCGUCUUUACUCCUGGCCAACACUCUGAUGAAAGAGUGCACGCUCUACCCCAACGCCCCAGGAUGCAGGGCUUAG